UGCCAACACACAAAAACUGAGAUACGCCGGCAUUUAGCGCACAACGAUGUGCAUUAAUUAUACAUUUUCGUAGUUGCUUGCAUUGCAAAUCAUUUAGCUGCCAACGCCACUCAUACAAUCCUUAGUUACUUUUUCAGGCGUUCGGUAAAUCCAUCAUUGCCAUCCGUCACCAUCAUGGCAAUGCCGUCGAUCUCAACGCUGGUGGGCGUGGCAUUUUUAGCCUACAUCCUGCAUUCCAUCUAUCAAAUGUCGCAGCUCUUCACGACACUCCAGUGCAGUGACUCCCCCUGCUACACAUCCUUCCUGGCGGAUCGUCCACGCAUGCAAUUGGCACUGUUCAGCUCGAUCAAUCGCAAUCCCAUCGCGUCCGAGGUGCACGAUAUUUACAAGGAGAAACGCUUCGAUUAUUGGCGUCAGUUCGAUCACGACUUUCAGCUGGAUGUACCGUUAAAGACGCGCCGCAAUGGCUCCCUCUAUUUGCAUGUAGUGCUCGCGCUGGAGGGGGAACCCCUCGAGUGGCGCACACUUCGUCGCGAUGGGCCAACGGUGCUGCAUACGCUCAACCUCUGUGAUUAUAUGGUGCCACGGGCGGAGGCAUUCAAUCUCCUUGGCGACACCGAGAAGCAGUCGGCGCCACUGACGAAAAAAUCCAAAAAGGCAGCAGCAGCGUCUUCUACAACUACUACAUCUGCCUCCAAACCCAUUACACAUAUACGCUCCAAUGUGUAUGUGACACUGUUGACCGAUCUGUUCUCGCUGUCGCAAGCGGAUGUGCCGCCCGAGAUGGCGCAAUUGAUACGCGUGAAUCGCAUGCAACAAAUACUGCCCAUACUCCAGACAGACAGCUUUAAUACGCGACUCAAAGAUCUGGUGGCCGUGAGGAGUAAUCUAACCGAAUUCACCUUCAGCUUCCACUACAAACCGGUUGGCGUGGGAAAACUGCGACUGAUGCUGCUCAUGGAACAUGCGACUCAGGCACUGCUCACGAUUGGCUUCGCCACCAAGGACAUCGAUGAGGUCAAAGGCAUAUUCUCCGAUACAAAUGUAUACCUGCUCUGUGGCACCAUCUUCAUAUCCAGCGUCCAUAUGCUCUUCGACUUCUUGAGCUUCAAGAAUGACGUAUCCUUUUGGCGCAAGAAGCAAUCGUACGAGGGACUCUCGACACGAACAACAGUCUGGCGCGCCUUCUCGCAGUUUGUCAUCUUUCUGUAUCUGUUGGAUGAGGAGACAUCGUAUCUGGUGCUGGUGCCCGUUGGCCUCGGCACCCUCAUCGAGCUUUGGAAGUGCAAGAAAAUACUUCGACUAGAUUUGAGCUUUAGCUCGUUGAUCAAUCGCAAACUAGAGGAAGUGGAUCAGCGUAAUGGCAAUGGCAACACCAAUACCAAUACCAAUCCGAAUGCCAAUGCCAAAACCAAAGGCCAACUGGCCGAGCAGCAGACACAGCAGUUUGAUCGGGAGGGGAUGCGUUAUCUGAGCUAUCUGCUGUAUCCGCUUUGUCUUGGUGGUGCAAUCUAUUCUCUGCUCUAUCAGCCGCAUCGUUCCUGGUACUCGUGGACACUAAACUCGCUGGUGAAUGGCGUCUAUGCCUUUGGCUUCCUCUUCAUGCUGCCUCAACUAUUUGUGAACUAUAAACUCAAGUCGGUUGCUGCGUUGCCGUGGCGCGCCUUUAUGUACAAGGCAUUCAAUACGUUCAUCGAUGACUUCUUUGCAUUCAUCAUCACCAUGCCGACGGCUCAUCGGGUUGCCUGUUUGCGUGACGAUAUUGUCUUCCUCAUCUAUUUGUAUCAGCGCUGGUUAUAUCCUGUUGAUAAGACGCGCCUCGAUACGGGCGCAGCGAUCAGUGAGACGCCUUCGCAAGCAGUGGCUGGCGGCGCAUCAACAGCAACAGCAGCUGCUACUCGCAGCAAGAAGCGAGACUAGAUUAGUAGGAUCAUCACAUGGCUUAGCUAGGAGUAGUUGCACAUUCCGUCGAUUUCUUUAGCAAUUAGCAAUUAGUCGCAACCAUAGGCUGUCAAUAAUAACAAUUCCACCCGUAACUAAAUAGCGCUCUCCACACGAAAACUGUUUUAUCUUUACAAAAACAAAAACAAUUUUACGAUUUAAGAUUUUAGAAUAGGCUAACAAACAAAGCAAUGCGACACGAUCAAUUAAAUUCUAUAAUCGAAAUUCAUAUAAUCCCACAAAUACAAAUAUUGUCAAAUUCAAUGUCUAUUUUACACUUUAGUUCCACAUAAAACGUGUCCUUUAAUCACUACAAAUAACUAUUGUUCUAUAACUGUAUUUAUGUACUUAUGUUGAUUGUUGUUCAUUUUAAAUUAUUAUUGUAUACUCUACAUGUGGAUUGCUAUCGAUGAACAAGUUUUACUUAAACAGCGACCUAGGGAAUAUUUUAUAAAUGGAUUCAAAUAUCAAAUAUAACCGUCAUAUUUUGUAGUCGAAUUUCAA